AUGAACCGUCUCUUUGGAGCUAAAAAUACUGCUCCGAAGCCCACUCUUCAAGGUGCUAUUGGGAAUCUCGAGUCUCGCGUUGACUCUAUUGACGUCCAGCUCUCUAAGCUAAAUGCCGAACUUGCCACCUACCAGCAACGACUCUCUAAGAUGCGUGAAGGCCCUGGGAAGAACGCCCUGAAGCAAAAGGCUUUAAAGGUACUCCAACGACGUAAAAUGUACGAAUCACAGAAGGACCAGAUCCAACAACAGUCUUGGAACAUGGAACAAGCUGGGAUGAUGCAAGACAACCUCAAAAAUGUCAUGGUUACUGUUGACGCACUCAAAACAACGAAUAAAGAAUUGAAGAAACAAUACGGGAAAAUAAAUAUCGACAAAAUCGAGCAACUCCAGGAUGAGAUGGCAGAUUUGAUGGAUAUUGGUAAUGACAUUCAAGAAUCUAUCUCAAGAUCAUAUGAUAUUCCUGAAGACGUGGACGAAGCAGAGCUAGACGCCGAGCUCGAAGCUUUGGGCGAAGAGGUGGAGCUCAGCGGAGGAUGGGAUGCUGAUACAGUCAACGCCGGAGAACUCCCAAAUUUUCUACAGGGUGAAUCUGUAGGCGGGAUACCAGAUUUUGUUGACGAAGCGCCAUUAGGGCAGAAAGUAAAGGAGGCAGUUUGA